GCUGCCUCAAAUAAAGGCAACGUCAAUUUUUUUCAACCUCACGAAAUAUCUUUCUGUGAUAACUCGGUAGUUUUAUGUUUUGUGACCGUGCGAUGUGGCCUUAGGAUAUAGAUAAAUCCUUUUUUUAACCAAUUUUAUUUUAGGAUGUGUAUAGAGUGUGGUAUAGCAGCGGUGUUACUGUAUUUUUGCAAAAAAUUUAUGCAUUAACUUCAGUGUCAUUUAGAUAUCACGAUGCGUAUCGGUUUUGUGUUAUACUGGUGCGUAUUUUCUUUUCAUCUGUGUAAAGCGGAUGAUGGGGAGAGGACAGAAUCUAGGGAGGGUGGGCGAAGGCCGCAGUGGGGGCCCAUGGUGCGAAGUGGUUCAUUUAUUAGCGAUUCAGCAAAUGCAGCGUCAAAUGAAAUCAUACUGGUCGAAGCGUGCAACAAUGAACCAUCGUGUCUCCAAGACCACGCUGGACUGGAGGCUAUCACUCAGCUGCAUAGACAGCUAGAUGAUGACGCGAAUGGCAAUGUCGACUUAAGUGAAAGUGACGAUUUCCUCCGCGAGGAGUUACAAUAUGACAGCGGCUAUGAAAAGCGGCAACGUGCCUUCCACCAUAACGAUGACAUGCAUAUCUCGGUUAAGGAGCUUUGGGAGGCAUGGUUGCGGUCAGAGGUGCACAAUUGGACGGUGGAACAGACAGUGGAAUGGCUCUCCGAGUCAGUUGACCUGCCGCAGUACAAGACAUUGUUCCAUCAACACCGCGUCACGGGAGCCACUCUUCCAAGAUUGGCAGUGAAUAACAUGCAGUAUUUAAGCAACGUGCUAGGAAUUAAAGAUCCGAUUCACAAGCAGAAACUUGCUUUGAAAGCUAUGGACGUUGUGCUUUUUGGACCCCCUAAAGAAGGCAGUCGAUGGAAAGACUGGUUACUCGCAUCUCUACUGCUGGGCGCUGUAGUAGGCGGCUGGGCGGCGGUUCGUGCUGGCCGCGCAAGCCGCCAUCAAGUACAACGUAUGCUGCGUGAUAUGGAACAGCUGAGGAAAGCGGAGAUGGCUCUCGAUGAUAUGCAGAAGGAACUCGAGAAAGCUAGAUUGGAACAGGAAAACGUGACAACUGAGAAGAAAAAUCUAGAGAAGAAAUUACGAGAAGCUGGUGACACGCCGCUUUUGAAUUCUGCCUCGUCGGACCUCGAAGUGACACAACUGAAAGCUGAAAUAGAAAUGCUUAGAGGUGAACUGCGUCGAGCCGAAGGAGAACUUGAAGACAGAUGCUGGGCUCCUCCUCCAGGACUCCAGCAAUGGCUGCAACUGACUCACGAGGUGGAAAACAGGUCAUACUUAAGAAAGAAACAACAGGCGGAUCUUCAAUUACAACAAGCAAGGGAAGCGUGUGAGAAAUUACGUAAAAAGCGGUCGAGUUUGGUUGGCGCGUUCGUUUCCACACACGGCAAGUCGAUAGACGACGUGGACCGGUCCAUCGUGGAGGCGCGCACCGCACUCAACGAGGUCACCCAGGAGCUGCAGGAACGAAUGCAUCGGUGGAAACAAAUCGAGCGACUGUGUGGCUUCAACAUAAUCAACAAUAACGGCUUACAGUUCCUAGAGAGCACUUUGUACAGGACAGCUAAUGGACGACAGGGAAGAGUCCGUAUGAGCAGUUCCCAGGACGACUUGAGUGUAGGCGACGACACGUCUCUUUGCGGCUCAGUGACGGAGAACUUUGGCUGGCGAGAGGAUUCGUCUGGCAGUGAAGAACCUGAUGCACCGCAUUAUCCGUUAGAUCUAAGACUCGCCGAAGCCAGGCUACAAUUAGAAGAAAGGUUAGCCCAAGAGGCAAGAGAGAAAAGACAAGACGAGAGGAGAGCGAUCGACGAACGCACGAGGAGCUCGUACAACGACGUCAGGAAGAGUCCCACCGAAGAGCGCAGACGAGACCCCGUGCACUUUAUACUGGGAGGGGACAACGUGAACUGGACGGGCGAGGAGCUGCCGCGCGCCGCGCACUCGCAGUCGCAGCCGCAGCUGCGCGCCGCCGCCCGCGCGCCGCAGCCGCCGCCGCGCCGCGCGCCGCCCGCCGCCGCCGCCGCCGCCGCCGCCGCCGCCGCCGCGCUGCAGCGCUCGCGCAGCACCGACGUGGGGCCCGGGCCCGCGCGCUCCCCGCCCGCGCCCGACGAGGAGUCCACGGACUCCUCGCUCGUGGACGACGACGGCGUGCCCAAGCCGCGCCGGCGCCGGAUACACCUCCCGUUCGGCAAGAAGGCGAAGACCCCCGCGUGACCGCCCCGUGUCUCCCCGUUCGUUGACCGAGUGAGCGACCUCGAUGGCCUCUGUCCCUCUGGUAUUAUUUCGUGAUUCGUUUCGCACGUUUGCCGUUCGGUGUUAGUUGAAUUGCACGUAUUUAUUUCUUAUUAUCGUGUCGUAUAGUGUUUUACUCCUUCGAAUGAUUCCAUAUUAUCGUUUUCAAAAUCCUCAUGUAUCUUAUCUACACUUAUAAAUCUUUCGUGUCGUCGCUUGUAAUCGACUAGUUUGCCGAUGUGUGAUAUUUCGAGCUAUUUUAUAUAUAUAAGAGCCGUAGCGAACGACGUUGAAUAUGAAUCGGUCGUAACGAUUUCAUUUCGUCACCUUUAGUUUUUGGAAUGUUUUAUGGAGUUUUAUUUAUAAUUUAAUUUGUAGCUUUUAUUUAGAUAAUUUUACAUUCUAUUCAAUAUUUUUACUCCUCGUUUUAUAUAAAUGCAAUAUAAAUUGUGCUUAAUAUUUUGUUUUAAAUUUCAUUUAGAUGUUUUCAAAUAUGUUUUUUUUUUAAGAAUGAAAAAGCAAUAUUUUGCUUAUAUUAUACCAUUACACUUAAAUAGUAAAACUCCUAUUAUAGAAUAAGUUAAAAUUAAGGUUAGAAAUUAUUAUCCUGAAAGGCUAUUAAGUGAAAAUUUUACAAAAUAAUAUUAUACUUUUAAUAAUAUUGACUAAAAGUUAAAUUUGUAUUUUAUAAAAGUUUUGUUAAUUGGAUAUUGAAUUUAGAUGAGAAUUAUUAUACAUUUGAAUCUAUUUGAAUUGCUAAAUU